GCCAAGUGUCCCGAAGAGGCCAUUUAUUAUCGACGCUAUUGCUACCAACCAGUUGAUAUGUCCCUCACCUGGGAUGCGGCCGAGAUCGAGUGCCAGCACCUGAGGCCUGGAGCCCACCUGGCCACUUUUCGGACCGCUGCCGAGGAAAGAAUCGUCUCCUCCCACAUCAGGCGCUCCAGCACCACCACCGAUGCCUGGAUUGGGAUGCAUGCUGUGCGGAUGCCCAAGAAACUCACCUGGGAAUGGAUCGAUGGGACCACCUACACCCCA